GUCUUGGUCCUUUUUGUUCCCUCCAUUCUUCCGAUUCAAUCAGCUGAGUCAUUUGGUACCAUGUUUUUUCAUGGAAUCCCUACAAUUCACACCACCACACUUCCACCAAACCCAAUUGCAUUUCAUGAACAAAUUCUCUUCCAAACUCAUACCCUCCCUUUCCUUCACUUCCUCCGUUGACAUCAGACCCUUCUGUUCUUCUUCUUCUUCAACCCAAACCCAGAAUCUGAAUCAGCCUCAAAUCAUAGUUCCUGAGAGAAGGCGUAGGGUUAAGGCUUCUGAUGCUCAACUCAAAGAGAAUUGGUUGGACUCACUCUCAUACCCUUUUCCAGAAAAGACCCAUCUUUUCAAUGACCCAACCCGCAUCGAUGACGGGUCCAAAUGGGUACUUGGUAUCGACCCGGAUGUAUCUGGUGCCGUGGCGCUGUUGAAAACACAUGGUUCUGUUUGUUCAGCUCAGGUAUUUGACUCUCCUCAUGUGAAAAUACUUGUUGGGAAGAACAAAAGAACUCGAAGACGCUUAGAUACCAAAUCUGUUGUUCAGUUGGUUCGUAGUUUUGAAGCUCCAAUCGGAACCACAGCAUAUAUAGAGCAGUCGCUCCCUUAUCCACAAGAUGGAAAGCAGGGCUGGUGGAGUGGAGGAUUUGGGUAUGGGCUGUGGAUUGGCAUCUUAGUUGCCUCAGGUUUUUCUGUUAUUCCAGUGCCAUCUUUUACUUGGAAAGCAAAAUUUGAACUCUCUGGAAGCAGGACUGCAAAGGAUGAUAGCAGGAGAGUUGCUUCCACAUUAUUUCCUUCGGUGACUUCCAUGUUAAGUAGGAAAAAAGAUCAUGGAAGGGCAGAAGCUUUACUAAUUGCUGCAUAUGGCCAAGACCAAAUCAAUGGCUUGGAACCUUGCGACUCCAUCUUUGACAAAUUUAAAACUUGAAAGUUGUUUAGCUCCAAUCCCUACAUUUUUUCUCUCCCUUCUGAAAAAUUUGACUACCAAUUGUGAUUGUUCCAAAUACUA